AUGAUACUCAUAGGGGAGGCCAUGGCUAGUAGUGGUGAUGAUGAUGGCUCUAAACAUGAUGAAAAGGAACAUGAGGAUGAUCUAUGUGCUAUACAGAUAGUAUACAUGUAUGAUGAUGAUGAUGAUGAUGAUGUUAAGAAUAAUGAUGAUAAUGAGGCUAAGGUCUUCCUAACAGACUUCUUUAACCAGUACAUAUCUCAUCACUAUCAUCCCGUAGCCAUUAUAGUCUAUCAGGCCGCCGUCCUCUUCUAG